AGUAACAUCGAAUGUGUAAUAAGCAAAAGCUGUUAGCGAAUUUGGUUAUAACUUGAGUUUGCCUACUUAAUAACGCUAGGAUAUGCCAUUUGGUAAAAUAUAUGCUAUAGAAUACCAAUAGAUUCCUGUAUAUAGAUAUACAGAGAGUGUAUAAAUAGGUGGUAUUUUGUAUGUAGCUUUGGAAUGACCUUUGUUAUAAGCUGCUUACACUCUAGAACCAAGAACAGUACGAAACAUUGUGGAUAUUAUAUACCCUAUAGGAACCAGAGGUUUAUUUGUCUAUUAAGUACACUAGACACACCAGGAGACGUAGAAUGCACAGUACGCGCACGUGACAUGUGGCAAGGAGAGGAAUCGAAGCGCACAUUCAUGAGUCAAGGGUACCUUUCUGUCGUAUAUAGCAUUAUCAUCGCUUAAAAGAGGAUUGAAACGAUAAACAGCAUGAAAACGUACGUGGCGUAUGGCAUGGAUACCAUUGAUAUGAUGGAUACUAGUUGAUCGUCUUGAUGUGUAAUUAUUGCUCCGCGUGAGAAAUAUCC